CAAAUUCCUAGGAAGUCUAUCUUUGUACCUCGAUUUUUCUCCCCUAACCGAAGGCCAACGCCCGUUCCCACACUCGGUGUCACUCCUAUAAACAUUAUCAACAGCCUCACUCCCAACACCAGCACCACCAAAAUGGCCUCCCCCGCAACCGGCCACCUCCGUAAAGCAGGCAAAAUCGACGCACAGGCGCAAUCCAGCCUCCUCAAACCCAAUCCCCAACUCGACCACGCACUCUCCAACUCCAUUGCGAAUGGCCUGCCGCCAAUCACUAUAUCCGCCCUGCAAGGCCAAUACCUAGCCAUUCAAUGCCAGCUCAUCGGCGCCAAAUCCGUGCUCGAGAUUGGGACCCUAGGAGGUUAUUCCACAAUCUGGUUCGCCAGCACCGGCGCCAGAGUAACCAGCAUCGAGAUUAACACCAAGCACCGCUCUGUCGCACUAGAGAACACCAAGGGCCUUGAUGUGGAAAUCAUUCUGGGUGCCGCACUAGAUGUUUUGCCGAAGUUGGCAAGGGAGGGAAGGAAGUUUGAUCUAGUGUUUAUUGAUGCAGAUUGGGAGGAGCAGUGGGAGUAUUUCCAGUGGGCGGUCAAGUUGACGAGGUUGAAUGGGUGCAUUUAUGUCGAUAAUGUGGUGAGGGAGUUGUUGGAGCAUGAGAAUGUGGGAGAGAGUGAGAGUUUGGUUACGAAGGUGGGGAGGGAGGAAAGCGUUACUGCUACGCUUGUGUCGACGGUUUCUAGUCAUAAAACGAAGGUGGAUGAGAUGUUUGAUGGAUUUAUGUUGGCCGUUGUCAAUGGCGAUAAGUAGUUUUUUUUAUGAGUUUACUUGGGAAGUGAGAGCGCAAAGAGAGCAACUCCUUUCAUAAUCAGAAACAGAAUUUUGGGGAAUAAAUGCCCCCAGAAG